UUACCUUGAGGGAUGGCCAAAAUACCACUCCAUGCUGGAUCACUCCUUUCUAAAGCAGUUAUUUCAUAAUGCUUCACCAGCUCAUAGCUGUGUUUGUAUUUUAAUAAUUCAGAAGAGGUCUAUGUGUGUAAUUCAGUUGCUUGGCCCAAAGUGUUGUAGUGUCAGUUUGGAAUAUCAAGCAGUCUGGGGCAUUUUUUUCAUCCUUAUGCCUGCUUUCACUUUCUUUUCAUUAAUUCAUUCAGAGAACCCCAACUACAUAUGUGUGUAGCUGCCUCAACAUAUGGUAAGGGGAAUCCCACUGGGAUUGUAACACAGUGGAUUAUUUUUAGUAACUAACUUGAAGUGCGUCUUUUGCCUUCUAGAUUAAAGAGCAGAAAAUUGUAGUUGAUGAGCUUUCUAAUUUGAAGAAGAACCGGAAAGUUUAUAGGCAGCAACCCAAUAGCAACAUAUUCUUCCUUGUAGACCGAACAGAAACACUAUCUCAAUGCAAAAAUACGUUAGAUGAAUUGAAGAAGGCACAUCAGGAGACAGAAAAUUCAGAAAAGACCAAAAUCAAGAAGUAGUCCAUUUGAAUUCAAAUUAGCAAUGUGUGGUAUUUGUUGCGUUGUUACCUUGUCCAACCAGCAUACUAUUCAUGAUUUCUUUAACAAAGAUGUGCUCUCCUGUCUUAGAAGAAGAGGACCAGACAGCAGUCAACAGUUAAUAAAAACUGUAUCUGAUCUCUCUUAUGAGUGUCUGUUUUCUGGUCACGUACUUCAUUUGAGAGGAUUGAUGACUCCUCAGCCUCUGGAGGAUGCCAAUAACAAUAUUUUUCUUUGGAAUGGAGAAAUUUUCGAUGGAGUUCAUGUUGGAUCUCUAGAGAAUGACACUGAAAUUAUGUUUCAUCGUCUUACCUUAUGCAGUAGUGAAGUUGACAUUUUGUCACUCUUUUCAUCACUUCGGGGUCCAUGGUCUUUUAUUUAUUAUCAAGGAUCUAGAGACUGUUUAUGGUUUGGUAGGGAUUAUUUUGGUCGUCGUAGCUUGCUUUGGCAGUUCAGUAAUGAGGCUGACAAGGCUGUCUGUCUCACAUCCGUAAGCGUUUAUUCUGAAUGUGGUAAGGAAUGGCAAGAAGUUCCAGCAUCUGGAAUUUUCAAAAUUGAUCUCAAAGCUUGUGCAACAACUAAAUCUUUGUCUUUAACGUUAUUUCCAUGGAAAUACAGCUGCACAGAGAAGACAGAAGAAAUGUUCAUUAAUGUUCUGGAUCAAAUUUCAAAAGGUUUGCCAAACCACAUACCUCUUGUGACAAAUGAAUCAAAACUGUGCCUGACAGCACCAGUUAUUCCCUUGAAUAAAACAAUUGCUGACGCUUUGGGUGAACAUCAAUGCACUAAUGUUAGCAACAAUAACCACACAGUUUCUGUAGAAACCCUUCAAGCAUUCCUUGCAGAUGAACACAAGAAGAAAUUAGUCCAUCGACUUAUUGAUGUUUUAAGUGAAGCUGUGAAGAAACGGGUUUUAGCUCUGUUUAGAGUUAAAGAUGGGAAAACAAGAGAAAUUCCAAGCACGCCUACCAGUAAAGCACAUGUCGCGGUGCUCUUCUCUGGAGGCAUUGAUUCUAUGGUUAUUGCAGCCCUUGCUGAUCAACAUGUUCCUUUGGAAGAACCAAUUGAUCUUCUCAAUGUAGCUUUCAAGAUUAAAGGGCAAAGUAAGCAAAAGCGUGCCUCUAAAAAACAUAUUGACCAGGAAAUACAGCUUGAUUUGCUUUCUUGUCAAGAAAACUAUGAAGGUGUUGAUGUUAAAACUGAUGAUCAUUUGAUUUGCUUUGAUGUUCCUGACAGAAUCACUGGCAGAGCAGGACUGAAAGAAUUAAAAGCUAUUAACCCUUUAAGAACCUGGAACUUUGUGGAAGUUAAUGUUAGGCUAGAGGAAUUGAAAAAAUUGAGACAACAGCGCAUUAGUCACUUGAUCUAUCCAUUGGAUACAGUCCUGGAUGACAGCAUUGGCUGUGCAGUUUGGUUUGCUUCCAGAGGGGAGGGUUUCCUUAGUAACCAAGGAGAACUCGAACCAUAUAAAAGUUCUGCAAAGGUUGUACUUACAGGAAUUGGGGCAGAUGAGCAGCUUGCUGGAUAUUCUCGACAUCGUGUUUGCUUCAAAAAAUAUGGUUUAGAAGGUCUAAAUAAAGAAAUUGGAAUGGAGGUAGAUCGCAUUUCUUCUAGAAAUCUUGGUAGAGAUGACAGGAUUAUUGGCGAUCAUGGAAAAGAAGCCAGGUUUCCUUUUCUUGAUGAAGAUGUUGUUUCAUUCCUCAAUUCUCUGCCUAUCUCAGAAAAAGCAGAUUUGACUUUACCUCGAGGAAUUGGUGAGAAAUUGAUUCUGCGCCUUGCAGCUGUGGAGUUGGGCCUAACAGCCUCGGCCGUUCUGCCAAAGAGGGCUGUACAAUUUGGAUGUCGCAUUGCGAAACUGGAGAGCAACAGUGAAAAAGCCUCUGAUACAUGCAGCAGACUAAAGUUACUUUCAGUAGAUGAAGUAUAAAGCUACAUCUUGAGAAAGUGCUAUUAUCCUAUAUGCAAAUUCAGUAAACCUUGGGGUUGUUUUA